CAAAUUUUCCAUCAUAAAAACGCGCCCGUGUCGGAACAUUGCCCCAGAGCAAGCUUCCUAGAAAGGUCUAGUCUUUGUUACAGUAGAGAGACGUCGUGUUCGAAACCGUUGACAUGUUGCUCCAGCCAUAUUCCUAAUCGGGCACUCCCGCCCGUUCAUCCCCGCUGUUCUGUUUACUAAUCCUACCCAUCACGCCGAGCAUAAAACGGCCCUUUGACCUCGCCUUGAACACUAUCCACUCUCCUGCAUUUCUUUCAUCUUACCCUAUCACCAAACCACCGGUCCCUCCAAAAUGGCGACUCCCCAGUCCAAAACUUUCAUGGUCAAAGCAGGCCACACGUAUAGCUACACCCACGUCACCCCUCAAGACUCCUCGAAACCUACUUUCCUCUUGGUUCACGGGUUUCCUAAUUGCGCCGAUGAUUGGAAAUUUCAGAUCAGGGAUUUGGCGGCUGCGGGGUACGGUGUGCUAGCUCCCGACCUGCUAGGCUACGCAGGCACCGACAAACCUCUGGCGAUCGAGGAAUACAAAAUGUCCAAUAUGACUGCGCAGGUUGUGGAAAUCCUGGAGCAUGAGGGAUUGAAGAAAGUGGUUGGUGUGGGACAUGAUUGGUAAGCUCUCCUCAUCUUUCCACUUUCGUUGGUAU